CUGUUGAAGUGAAUCACUUUACAAGAUGUUCUCGUAUUUAGUUUUGACGUUCCUUACUAUUUCCAUGGUUUUCGCUGAUCUCCCGUACAGGAGUUUUUAUAGCACUCAAUAUUAUAGCACGCCGACACCUGAGUUUCAGAACUGCAAGAAAAGAGAGGCAUCUUCACUGACAUACCUCGUGGACACGACAGGAUCUAUGUCUGAUGAUCUUUACCAGCUGAACUUGGUAAACAGUUGGCUACUUAAUCGUGUAGUGGCGCAAUUUCCAUGUGGAGUACGGCAAUAUACAAUGGUGCAGUUUAAUGACCCAACUGUUGGCCCUGUUCAGAUCACAAAUUCAACUACAGAGUUUGACUAUUUCUUCAGUAAGCUGAAUGCUUAUGGUGGUGAUGAUUGCCCGGAAUUGGCAGUCCAAGGACUCGAACUGGCAUUGGAAAAUUCUCCACCUAACUCUUUUAUUCUAGUCUUAACUGAUGCAUCUGCCAAAGAUUAUCGGAAUACAACAUUAGUAGAGAAAAUACGCAACCUUAUCAAGUCAAAAAAUGCACAGGUCUACUUCUUGAUCACGGGACUUUGCUCUGGUUUGGAUGAUCCAGCUUUCCUUAUAUACAGAGAACUUGCUUCUUUAAGUUUUGGACAUGUCUUUCAAGUCGAUCUUAAAGAUUUAAAUAAAGUAUUUAAUUACUUGGAUUUCACAUUAUCGAGACCAGUCAACAGCUCAAGACAACUCUUCUCUGGAAAUUACACUUCCAGCAAUCAUUCCAACAGUUUUGCAGUCGGAGAUAACUUUACUGAACUAGUUGUAACUACCGAUGGUACAGUUUACUCUGUACGUCUGACUGGACCAGGGUCUGUUGAAGUGGCAAUGAAAAAAAUUAUCUCUGAAUUGUGGGGAUCCAUGUAUGUAUUAAGAAAUCCAGCCAAAGGUGUUUGGACGAUGUAUAUAUACGCAAACGGUGCUCAUUCUGUCAAUGUUGAAGGCUUUGUAGCCUCCAACAUAUCAUCUACAACACAUUGCUCAGACUGUCAUGCUAAUGCCACAUGUGACAAAUUCACGGACUCCUAUAUCUGUUCCUGCAAGGAUGGCUUUAUUGGUGACGGCUUCACAUGCUCAGAUAUUGAUGAAUGUGCAUAUUCCUGGUCAAACAACUGUAGUUCUGGCAUGUGUAAAAACACUUUUGGGUCAUUUAUCUGUAAUUGUUCCAGUGGAUACUACAGAGCUUCAGAAACCUCUUGUAUCGAUAUUAAUGAGUGUUCUAAUCCUGAACUUAACAAAUGUGAUCCAUCAGCAGCAUGCUAUAAUUAUCCUGGUACCUACUCAUGUGUAUGUCCACCUGGUAUUUCUGGUAAUGGUUUUUUCUGUGACACCGGUCUCUGUCCAACAGGUUUGUGUGGGUUUGGGAUGGAAUGCUUGUCCUAUAACUCCUCUUGUUAUGACCCGUGUCUAAAUCAUACUAUUCUCAAUGAACCUUGGAGAAGCUCAUCCAAUGCCUACUACUCAUAUCCCAAUUGUGACAAUGACAAAUUUGGAUGGUACCGCUUUGUUGGCAGUGGAGGUGUACGUAUACCAGAAACAUGUGUACCUGAAAUAAGGUGUGGCACACAUGCUCCUAUGUGGAUAAAUGGAUCACAUCCAGUACUCAGUGAUGGUAUUGUAACCCGCUCUUCCUGUGCACAUUGGUCGGGAAAUUGCUGCUUAUGGUCAACCAAAGUGAAGAUUAAAGCUUGUCCUAAUGGUUACCAUGUUUAUAAAUUCACUGGAACACCAGCCUGUUCUCUAACCUAUUGCACAGAUCCAGACACAUCCAGUGUGCCUUGUGCCACCGAUGAAGAUUUGAUUCUGAAGGACGGAGUCUAUGGCUGUUACUGCAAAGUGAAAUACGCCAUCUCUGAUAUUGCAGAUUUCCAUCCUGUUUUGACAUGUGGUGCACGUGAUAUGAGAGCCUCGUUUCAGAAAUGUCAAUUAAAAGCCCUGAAUAUUAACAAUAUAAAGGAUAUAGGCUGCCUAGAUGUUUGGAAUGACAACACCACAAGCACAUAUUCAAUAAUAUCUCCUCUUAAGGCUGGGAAAUGUGGUACCCAAGUAAUUAAAAACUCAACACACGCCGUUUACAAAAACAACCUGUUUUUAACAAUGGAUAUUGGCAGUGGAAUUAUCACAAGAACAGAGGAAGUUAACAUAUUAAUGUCAUGUACAUACAAGAUUGAUAUGUUGAUCAGUUUAAAUCUAGCACUGCAACCUGCUGUCGGUUCCACAAAUAUCAGCCUUGGAGGCACUGGACAGUUUUCUGUGUAUAUAGCACUUUAUAAAGAUAGCGCCUACACUUUACCUUAUGAAGGAUCCAGGGUUGUGGUGUCAAUCAAAACCAUAUUGUACAUUGGCAUCUUCACUGAUGGGGGAGAUCCUUCUCAGGAUGUAUUGGUCAUGAAAAACUGCUACGCAACUCCGACAGAAAAUGCAGAUGAUCCAGUGAAAUACUACAUCAUCCAAAACAGCUGCCCAAACAGACAGGACUCAACUAUCGAAGUAACAGUAAAUGGAGUCUCAAAAGAGGCACGCUUCUCCGUGCAAAUGUUUAAAUUUGUUGGAGGUUACAGCCAAGUAUACCUGCACUGUCAGAUAAGCCUGUGUGAUGUCACAGUGGGGUCAUGCAUACCAUCCUGUUCUGGACUCAGGUCUCUCACUGAUACUGACACGACCACAAGCUAUAAUCUGAAAGUGGGACCAGUAGUUCUCGAAGAUCCUCUUCCUACAAGCAUUACAGGCAAAUAUGCAUCUGUUGUCUUUCUACCUGCAUUCAUCCUGCUGGCAAAGUUUCUUUAA